AUGACUGGCGGCGUUAAGAAACGGACCAAUACUCGGGCGAGAGAUCCUGCCACUGGCAGGUUUUGUUCCGCACCUAAGCCGGAAUCCACCUCUCAGCCAAAAGCUCAGCCCAAAACUCAACCGGCAGAUCCAGCAACGGCCGCCAACUCCGUAUCCAAGGAACAGUACAAUACACUACUUGAUAAAAUUCAUCGUGAUAAAGAAGGGUACUUGGAGGAGUUGAAAAGAGAGAAAUCAAAAUUUGAGCAGAAAGAAAAGGAGGUCGAAGGAUAUAAACGAGAAAUUGCAAGAUUGACUGAAAGCAGCACAGAUACUUACAGGCAGAUGCAGGAGCUUGAAGAUAAGUUGGUACUUUUCAAAAAGGUCGAGCAGCAAAAGCAAGAAGCCGAAGAGAUUAUUAUACAAGAAAAGGAGGAGAGAGGAACACAAUUGCAGGAAAUGGUUCGGAAAUAUGGUCUGGAGGAAAACUGUGGCAUUGCAUGGGACGACAAUUUCAAAGAAAAAUUGAAGAAGGGGUUUCCGGGUCGACGUACGAACUGUUACACUAGCGUGAAGGUGUUGAUUGCUCAAUGGGCUUCGGAUGAUUUGGGUGUUUCCGAAGAGGUCGACAAACUGAUGAGCGUAUUCAAACAUUCAUACAGCUUCAACGUGGCAAAAUUCUCCAUACCCGAUCUUGAACCCGGUAAUGCAUUGUCGAGCCGAGUCCGAGAUUUCAUAGGAGAUGGUUCUCCGGAUACCCUUCUCAUAUUUGCAUACAAUGGUCACGGCAGCAUUGAAAAAAAUAGCCACAACGCUAUUUGGUCUGGAAGAAGACAAGGUCCGCGUAUGCCUUGUAAUGGUAUCCAGACCCUCCUCGAGGAUUCCGAAUCAGAUGCCCUUCUGUUGUAUGACACAUGUCAUUCUGCAAAUAUUGCUAUAUCACUUAACCCUCCAGCGGGGAGUGUAACGGAGUUAGUCGCGGCAUGUGGAUUUGAAACAGUUACCCGAAUGGGCGACAACUCUUUCAUGUCCGCACUCACACAGGAGUUAUCUUCUGCUGCAACACAAGGAGCUGUAUCGGUUUCUAGAUUGUACAAUCGAGUACUUGCUCGUCUGAGGAAUACCCGGAAUCACAAAACAAACGCUACACCCGUUCGUUGUACGUUGGUAUCUGAUGAUGAUCGAACAUCUAUCAUGCUCGAACCUUUAUUGCCACCCCUAGUCACCGUGUCUCACCAAUAUUCAGAAUGUUCAAAUGAAGUGAACGCAGUGUACAAUAUUGUAAUUGUGAAAAGAGGGUUAGAGAUGGACGACACUUCGGUCUUUUUGAAAUGGUUGUUGCGGGCUCCAUCUAACGUUCUCGACGUCCAACUACACCGCAUCAACAUUCAGAAACAAACUUCAUCGAAUGGCGGUCUUGAAUACGAGAAUGAUGGUCAUGAACCUUAA